AUGUCAUCCUCCAACUCUCAGCCACGCCUCAGCAUCGAUCUAGGAGCCCCAACUCUGAAAACCAUUCCUACCGAAGUCGAUAUAUCUCAACCGACUGGCCGAAUCCAUCCAGCGAGGCUCCAACAUUCACCUUCAUUGCCGAAUAUCUGGUUUCCUCCUCAUUCCGGUCCCAUACCUCCCGAAAUCAUGAGCAAAGAUUUUUUUCUUCGACCAUCCACACCACCGGCCGCUACGACUGACGAGGAUUUGCUGAUCAAGCAUUCCCCAACAAUCUCGUCUAUUCAACCCCCAAGACUCCGUGCAAAACAUGUGCCCACCGAGCCACAUGCCCACUUCGUCCUAGGUCCGGAUUCCAUCAAGCCCCAGCGCCGACGUCGCCGCGAACGCGAGCAACCUGUUUCUCUACUUACUCCGCCGUUGACGCCCUCUUCAAGCAUCAGAACGACCACGAGUUUAGAUUCCUCUGCAAGUCACCGAGAAAAGUUAAACAACGAUAAAGACGACGCCGACACUUUCAGCGAAAUUCGAGAUCCCGACACAAAGUCGACGAGAUUCUUGCUGCUCGGCAACGUAAACGAUAAAGUCUCUCCGGAUGUUCUAAAAUCUGCGGUGGUCUCGGGGCUCUCAGCGUCUUUGAGCGAUUCGCCCAACGCACAUGUUUCUCGGUCCUACCAUCCCGAAGAUGGGCCCGUCAAAGGGGUUAACCAUCGGUUCCAGAAGUCUAAAGGGAUCGUACCUUUCAUAUUUAACGACAUUCGGCUCGCUAGAGCUGCUAAAGAGUGUUUGUCUGUGCCAAGAAAGGGACCUCUGGAAGAAUGUAUCGGCAACGAAAUACGAGAAGAUGGCAUUUGUUGGAUUACAACACAGUUUCUGACAGUGGAGGAGUUGACUUCCCUUAUAGGAAAUUCCUCUUACAUUGAGUCAAGUGACGGUAGCUUUUACAUCUCCGCUCGAGUGGAUGCAUCAGCCCCAGGGAAACAGUCAAAUGUUGAGAUUAUAGUCGACAAAGAAAAGGGCAACCGCGACUCGAACAGAAACGCCAUCAGUGUUGGAGCCAUCCAAAACAUUCUGAAAUCAUAUGGCGACCUCUAUUCCUUUUCCUUCGCACGCGAAGAGGUCGAAAAAGAUGGAUCAGUGUCCAAGACGUUUCGUGUGGAGUACUAUGAUCUUAGGGAAGCGGACGACGCGUUUAUUGCCCUAGAUCAACAGACUAUGUUUGGAAUGAGAAUCCACGUCUACGGCCGCAAGGUACAGAGUGAUGAUGUGUCGUAUCAAAUGCCUGGGUUGUCCAUCGGACCAGCGGGUCAACAGUCGCAAAUCCGGACGCAGUUUGGUCAUACCGAGGGAGCGGAGCAAAACACUUCCGGGCCCACCCAUGGCGCGCGAUCCCCACAAUAUUUCUAUACGUCUCCCGCGAAUGGGGAUUCACCCAAUAUUACAAAGACCCCCACUCUUACAAGAAACGUCCAUGACGAUGUCGUGGAUGGGCAUUCUUACCCAUCACUUUACCAGCCGACAAACGAAUCCCAUAAACUUGAGGCCCAAUCGACCCAGGAUGGCACCAUACUGCAGUGGGAGGCUGAACUCCGCCCUGACGCAACGACCGUGUGUUACACCCCCACGCAAGAAUGUCGAUAUUGCCCGUCGCGAGGCCCGUCAAUCAUUCCAUACUUUCCCCAACAUACACCGCCGCCGAGUUUGACUUAUUCGCACCCGCUCCCGGUUCCUCCUAUCAUCGUCAAUCCACCUCCCACACCCACUGCCUUUGUUUACGAGCACGAUUGUCAAAGCAUUCAGCCUGUCAUGCCUCACUGGGCCUUCGAGCAGGCAAUGGCGCUUGCUGCAAGCAAUGGCGUGUACUCAGGACUUGCCGGCUCUUUUAUCCCUCGGCCAUUCUGGUCUCCAGACAUUUCUACUGGUUUCCUUCCUGCGCGGAGUGGCUUCUAUCCCGGACACAUACCCUCGCCUGAUCCACGGCAAGUCGAGUAUUUCCCCGUGACCACUGAGAUGCAGGGAGCAGCUCUACUGGAGCCGCCCUUCCCCCAUGGUCAACGUACAUCUGCUCAACGAUCACCUUCUCCGGUUACCCGUGUUACCUCCCUCCAGCAGGCAGCCUCAACCAUAACCCAUGCGACUGCUCCCAGCGGGACACCCGAGAGAAAUCAGCUGAAUCUAGACCGCAUACAGGACGGGCAGGAUACGCGAACAACCGUCAUGAUCAAGAAUAUUCCAAACAAGAUGAGUGACAAGGAUUUGGUUGCUUACAUUGGAAAAGUUUGCCCCAAAAAAAUCGACUUCUUGUAUCUUCGUAUGGAUUUCCAAAAUGGAUGCAAUGUUGGUUAUGCGUUCGUGAAUUUUAUUCGAGUUGAGGACCUUCUUGUUUUCGCUCAGAAAAAGCUGGGAGAGAGAUGGAACAUGUUCUCGAGCGAAAAAGUGCUUCAAAUGUCAUACGCCAACUACCAAGGAAAGGAGGCACUCGUGGAAAAAUUUAAGAAUUCUUGCAUCAUGGACGAGCGAGAGGCCUGGCGCCCCAAAAUAUUCUACUCUUCAGGGCCUGAACAAGGUCUCCCGGAACCUUUCCCGGCACCUACGCACAUCCGUCGAAAGGAACGAAGCUCAAUCAAUCGCGGCGGACUCUUCACUCCAGGUGCUGGGAAUGGAUUACCCAGUCCCCAGCCCGGUCCGUUGCAUGAUCCUGACCGGCGUCAUCAGGAUAGCCACCGCUCGCAGCGACCCCAGCAAAGGGGUCGCGCCGUUCACGAAAACGCGUCGGAUGCCAGUCGAAACGCCUGCAAUCGCGAUCCUCGAUAG